AUGUCUGGAAUCAAGAUCGUUACUACAAAGGAAGCCUGCCCUGUUGCGGGACCUUAUUCUCAGGCGAUUAUUGCUGGACCCCAGGUCUUCGUUUCCGGCCAGAUUCCCGCCGAUAAGACCGGCGCCCUGAUUGAGGGCAGCAUCACCGACAAGACCACACAGUGCUGCGAGAACAUAAUCGCUAUUUUGAAGGAGGCCAACACACCCGUGGAGAAGAUUGUCAAGGUCAAUGUUUUCCUUGAUGACAUGGCGCACUUCGCGGAGAUGAAUGGCGUGUUCGAAAAGUACUUUGCACACAAGCCUGCACGUAGCUGUGUAGCAGUCAAGCAGCUGCCCAAGGGUGUCCCAGUCGAGAUCGAAUGCAUUGCUUAUAACGGUAUGAAUGCUGCGAAGCUUUAA